AGCAGCAGCAGCGGCCGCGGCCACAGCACAGUCCGCAGCCUCCGCAGCCGUCAGUGACCCGGCUCGGGCCGGAGCUGGGGGCGCUGGAAAAGACCGAGACUGACCGGCCGGGAAGUCCCCGGGACCCUCCAGCCCGGCCCAGCCCACGCCUCCCGCUCUGGCUGAUGGAGGGGGCUGCGCCUCCGCAGCUGGCCGGCCCCCCUCCGCCCCCGGGCUGCGGUUCCUCGGACCCGGGGUCUGGGGCUGCAGCGGCCGUGGCGGCCACUGGGACCUCAGCCCCAGCGGGCUCGGUGGCCAGCUCGGGCACCCUGGCGUCCGGGGCGGCCCCGGAGCUGAGGAAGCAGCAGCAGCAGCAACAGCAGCAGCAGCAGCAGCAGCAUGGUGUGAAACGACACCAUCACAAACACAACCUCAAACACCGUUACGAGCUGCAAGAGACCCUGGGCAAGGGCACCUACGGCAAAGUCAAGAGGGCCACGGAGAGGUUCUCCGGGAGAGUGGUUGCCAUAAAAUCCAUCCGUAAGGAUAAGAUUAAAGAUGAGCAGGACAUGGUCCACAUCCGACGGGAGAUUGAGAUCAUGUCGUCUCUCAGCCAUCCCCAUAUCAUCAGCAUUUAUGAAGUGUUUGAGAAUAAGGAUAAGAUUGUGAUCAUCAUGGAGUAUGCCAGCAAAGGGGAGCUGUAUGACUACAUCAGUGAGCGGCGGAGGCUCAGCGAGAGGGAGACGAGACACUUCUUUCGGCAGAUAAUCUCUGCAGUGCACUAUUGCCAUAAGAACGGUGUUGUCCAUAGGGAUUUGAAGCUGGAGAAUAUCUUGCUUGAUGAUAACUGUAAUAUUAAGAUUGCUGACUUUGGUCUCUCUAACCUCUAUCAGAAGGAUAAAUUUCUGCAGACUUUUUGUGGGAGCCCUCUUUAUGCAUCCCCAGAAAUUGUCAAUGGAAGACCGUACCGAGGCCCUGAGGUGGACAGCUGGGCCUUGGGCGUAUUGCUUUACACUCUGGUUUAUGGGACGAUGCCCUUUGAUGGCUUUGAUCACAAGAACCUCAUCCGCCAGAUCAGCAGCGGUGAAUACCGGGAACCCACCCAGCCUUCAGAUGCCCGAGGACUGAUCAGGUGGAUGCUGAUGGUCAACCCCGAACGCCGUGCCACCAUUGAGGAUAUCGCCAACCACUGGUGGGUCAACUGGGGCUGCAGGAGCAGUGUGUGUGACUGUGAUGCCCUGAGGGACUCGGAGUCCCCGCUGCUGGCGCGGAUCAUUGACUGGCACCACCGCUCCACUGGCCUGCAAGCGGAGGGGGAGACCAAAGUCAAAAGCUCGGCCAAACCUGGUGCCACGGAAGGGGCGCUGGAAAGGCAGAGGUCACUGAAGAAGUCUAAGAAGGAGAAUGACAUUGCCCAAUCGGGCCAGGAUGGGCCAGUGGAGAGCCCAUGCAAAUCCAGCUCCAAGAGGCCCAAGAGCAUCCUGAAGAAGAGAAGCAACAGUGAGCACCGGUCUCACAGCGCAGGUUUCAUUGAAGGGGUGGUCAGCCCCACGCUGCCCUCGGGCUUUAAAAUGGAACAGGAGAUAUGUAGGACUGGGACGCCCCUGAAGAGCCCUGUGGAGACCGAGGGAGCCAGCAAACUUGGACCCAAGCAGUCGGCAACGAUGCCCAAAAAAGGCAUCUUGAAGAAGACCCAGCAGAGAGAAUCUGGUUACUACUCCUCUCCGGAACGGAGCGAGUCAUCCGAAUUGUUGGAUAGUAAUGAUGCUCCAGGAGGCACCAACCUCCCCUCUCCAGGGGUCCCCGACUCAGCCCCGGGGGGCCCCCACGACCUCUCUUACCGGAGGAAGGGCAUCUUGAAACACAGUAGCAAGUACUCAGCCAGUAGCACGGACUCUACGCUUGUCAGUCCUGGGGUGCCCAUGCUGGAAUCCAUGGAGGAGAGGGGCGUGCCGGGGGAAGGGCUCUCUCGGAGUUACAGCCGCCCAUCUAGCGUGAUCAGCGACGACAGCAUCCUGUCCAGUGACUCCUUUGAUCUGCUCGACCUGCAGGAGAGCCGGCCAGCCCAGCAGCGGAUCCGGAGCUGCGUCUCUGCCGAAAACUUCCUCCAGAUCCAGGAUUUUGAGGGGCUUCAGAACCGGCCAAGGCCUCAGUACCUAAAACGGUAUCGAAACCGGCUGGUAGACAAUAGUUUUUCCCUGCUCACAGACAUGGACGAUGUGACUCAGGUGUAUAAGAAAGCCCUAGAAAUCUGCAACAAACUUAAUUAGCAGCUGGGUGGGCGGGGAGCAUGGGGAGGGGGGGUAGGGGCAGAGGGAUCACCUUUGUGCUGGUGGUGAUACCCACCUGGUUACUGGUUUACUGACAGAUAAUAAGGAUCUCAAAACCUGUUGGGGGGGGUCUUCCUUUGCCAAAUCCUGUGAGCAUGCCAAGCCACACAGGGCGCAUGAAAAGGAAGUGCUGCCCAUCUGCCCAUUUGGUCUGAUUAGCAUAUACCUGAUGCCAUCUGUUCUGAGGACACAGCAUCUGGCAUGAGUGUCUGGGAGGUCUCUCUUUAGAAAUCUCAUUUAGGCUGCUUCUGGGCAAGACUGGGGAGAGUCAGUCCCGAAUGAGGCUACUCUUUCUUCCUAGGAGUCUGUGGGAAUGGGUCAGUCUAACCAACCAUUGAGCUUCCCAAGGCAGUCCCUCCCCAAGCCCUGCUCCAUGAGCUGAGUUCACUCCCUUUGGGAGCAGGAGCAUCCAUAGCUUGGGCUGCCAGGAUGCCAUCGGGUAAGUGCCCUGAUAAUCACUCUAAGUAGAAAGCUUGAGCUUGGUCACAAGAGUAUUUUGGGUGCUGGUGGGAAAGACAUGUAACCAGUGCUUGGUUCCUGGCUCCAGAUGGAUGCUCUCCAUUCCCUCUUGCUGCCUACCACCUUCUUAUCUAUUUCACUGCCCCAUUCUCAUAGCUGCCUGGGGAGCAACUGGGGGGAAAAGAGAGGGUUAAGCCUCUUGGUUGUCCUACUUGUCCUUAGCUAUGAGAAGAGGCUUCACGGGAGCAAGAGAAUAAAAUUAGCAGUGGACAUAAAGCUGGGGGAGCCGUCUGUUGAGUUUUAGCCUAGGUGACUGAGAGCUGCCCCCAACCCCUCAGGAACAGACAUCAAUCUUUUCUAAGGUUGUAGUAUUAACUGGAAUGCUGCCUCUCAGGCUCCCAGUCUUACAACCGGAUGUCCUUGUUCAUGUCUUUAAUCUCCAAAGGGUUUAUGGGUUUAAUUCGGCUGAAUUCAUUGUCUGCAAGCAGUGCCCUCUUGCUAGAGGGGGUGGGCACAGGACUUGGAGAGUUAGAGUAGGUUGCUUCUAGAAUGUUAGUAUAUGGGAAGGGUAUAGCGUUGGGUCAAGAAAUGGAGAAGCCACUGGAAUGUGCAUUCCCUCCAAACAGAAUGUAACUCAUUAGGUCGUAAGCUUGGAGGAUGCAUCAGAAUUCUGGGCUUUUAAAUGGAAACUGAAAUGGAUCAUGGGGUCAUAGAUUAGCGAUAGAAGGAACUUGAGAAGCCCCUGAGUCCAAUCCCCUCAUUUUAUAGAUGAGGAACCGAGGCCCAGACGUGUUAAGCAUUUUGCCUAGGGUCAUACAAGUACUAGGUGUCUGGGGCAGAAUUUGAGCCUAGAUCUUCCUGAUUCCCAAGUUAGGAAUCAGCAUGGUUCAGUCGGUUAGGAUUCAGGACUCCGAAAUGGAAGAAAGCUAGAUGAUUGGACUCAGGAACACUGAGAUAGAACCCAUGAUGAUUCUCUAUCCUCCUGGUGGAUUAUUGUGGUUGGGAGGAUAUGGCAGAGUCCCCAGGUCUGGACAGAUUGGAAUCAUUGAUUGAAAACUGCCAGAUUCUGGGAGGCAGAGAAAUGAGGGAGGACGUAGCUGUUUGAGAUGACUUAGGAAGGUGAAAGAGGAUGCACCCUAGAGACUUUGGAGCAUCACGAAUGCCAUCCAGAGCUCAUCUGUCUCCUUGCCAGGAGGGCACUGCCUUGCUUCCUUCUUCACCAGUCAACCAAUACACAUUUACUAAGCAUUUACUGCAUGCUGGGUACUGUGCUAAGCAAUGGGAAUGCACAGAAAAAAGGCAAAAACCAGUCUCUGCCUUUUAGGAGAUCAUCCCCCCCUGGAUUUCUUAGGCCAGCUGAUCGGGCAAGAGGAAGGGCCCAGCCCCAUAGGACUGUUAGAACCAGAAAGGAUGCUGGGGAUCACACAUAUCAAAAAAAUGAAGAGUCAAGAGGUGAAGCGCCUUCCUCAAUGUCCCACAGAGUUAGCCGGAGAGGCAAGACUUGAACCUGGUUCUCAGGACUGCUAAACAAUCUAUGUUCUUUCCACCGCAUCCUAAUGCUGUUGUUCCCUGUUUGAUUUAAUCUCCCCACCUCCCCCACCAUGCACUUAACCAGGAAAAUGGAUGUUUCCUAAAAAUGCAUGCCCCUGGGGCAAAGGCUCUUGGUAGCUCAGCCCAGUGCCAUCUUGUACAUCACAAAUGCAACAAACAAUAGACCAAAACUUCUUUGCUGCCAGCUGUCCUUGGACCCUAGCUGGCCUGGUCAAGAAGCCCCCUGUGUGAUUCAAGUACAAAGGUGGCAGAUGUGCCCAUUGCUUUCAGUACCAACUUUUUUUUCUUUGCCAAACAACUGUUAAUACCCUUCAAAGCACUUUGGCGCAGUGUAUUUCCAGACCCACUGAAGUACCAUCUUGUUCCCAUGCACUCCCCCACACCUCCACCCUCAGUGUACUUCUGUAUUCCAUUCUGUGGGCAAAGGUGAUGAUGACUUUAGAGCUGGAAGGGUCCUUGGAGGACAUUUAGCCCAACCUCUCAUUUUAUAGAGGGAGAAGUUGAGGCCUUGGAAGUUUCCAAGACUUUCAAAAUCAUAGGAUCAUUGACCUAGAGCCAAAGGGACCCCGGGGGCCAUCUAGUUCCACCUCUGCAUUUCCAGGUGGGGAAAUUGAGGCCCAGGGGGGUUGUGACUUUCUUAAGGUCACAAAGGUCGUUAUCAGGUGGGAUUCUGAACCCGGGACCUCUGACUCCAGAGCAGAAAAGUUCAUGGAUUCUUUUAAAGGCAAGCUUGAAAUAGCGGGGAACACCUCAGCCAACUUCUCUGCUGGAUUCUAGCCUGCCUCUUAACCAGUCCUCACAGGAGUGAUGUUUAAUUAAUUUCCAUGGAAUUAAUGAUGCUGGAAAGGGAGCCUGGUGUUCCAGGUAUUCAUCCCUCUUAGGCAAGACCCCCUGGUGUCUCCGUUUACACAUCUGCCCAUUGGGUGUACCAGUCCUUCCCUUCAUGGGUGAGCUGCAGAUCUUCCCUAAUGUUCAGAAAGUGCUUUGAGAUGCCAGGUAGAAAUCAAAGUGUGGUUACCUGGAUCAGCUUCCACAUUCAUGCAGCUGAUUUGGGUAGCAGAAGCAUUUUUUUUCAGGUUGAAAUUGGGGAGGGGGUUGCCCAGGCCUGCUCUCUCAAGUACAAAUGUGAAUGAAUGGUCGACUGCUUAUCGUCAGACUGGAUAUGUUCUGUAGGGGUUUUACUGGCAUGUUAUCAUUCCUAGAAGAUUAAAAAAAGAAGACACAGAGAGAGAGAGAGAAAGGAAAAACUUGACUGCACAUAGUUGUUUCACUCGGUGUUGUGUUUUUAUUUAAUUUCUAUUUUUUUUGUAAUACAAAGUUGACUUUUUUAUUUGAAUUUGUCUUUUUUUUUAUUUAUUGGUCUGAAAGCCAUUUCAAAGGUAUAAUAAUAUAUUUGGUGUAAUUUAAUUGGUGCAGUGCGUUUGAAGGCUCCAGCCAAAAUUGGUUUUCUCUCAUUGGUUUGUUUGACCUUAGCAGUACAUGGGAAAAAGCUGGAGAACUCACCCAAAGUGGAUUUUUCAUUGGAUACUGAUUUUUUUUUUAAGGUUAAAUAAAAAAUGCAACGAGCUGAACUGAA